AUGCUGACUAAAUUUGAGACAAAGUCAGCAAGAGUAAAAGGUAUAUCCUUCCAUGCCAAGAGGCCAUGGGUUUUAUCCAGUCUUCACAAUGGAGUUAUCCAGCUUUGGGAUUAUCGUAUGUGUACGUUGCUAGAGAAAUUUGAUGAGCAUGAUGGACCUGUACGUGGAAUAUGCUUUCACAUUCAACAACCACUCUUUGUAUCUGGUGGAGACGAUUAUAAAAUAAAGAUAUGGAAUUACAAGCAAAGAAGGUGUCUUUUUACAUUACUGGGACAUUUAGACUAUAUCCGUACAACUUUUUUCCAUCAUGAGUAUCCAUGGGUAUUGAGUGCAUCUGACGAUCAGACAAUAAGAAUUUGGAAUUGGCAAUCUCGUCAGUGCAUUAGUGUGUUGACUGGCCACAACCACUAUGUCAUGUGUGCUCAAUUCCAUCCCACUGAGGACCUCUUAGUGUCUGCAUCUUUAGACCAAUCUGUGAGAGUGUGGGACUUUUCUGGUCUCCGUAAAAAGAGUGUAGCUCCUGGCCCUACAGGGUUAGCAGAGCACUUGAGGAACCCCCAGGCCACUGACUUAUUCGGACAGGUAAUGGCUGAUGCGGUAGUAAAACAUGUGUUGGAAGGCCACGAUCGUGGUGUCAACUGGGCUUCGUUCCAUCCAAAUUUGCCCCUUAUUGUUUCCGCUGCCGAUGACCGUCAAGUAAAACUGUGGAGAAUGAAUGAUGCUAAGGCAUGGGAAGUGGACACAUGCCGUGGUCACUACAAUAACGUGUCAUGCGCUCUGUUCCACGCGCGACACGAACUGAUAUUGUCAAACAGUGAGGAUAAGUCCAUUCGUGUAUGGGAUAUGACUAAGCGGACAUGCUUACAUACUUUUAGAAGGGAGCAUGAGAGGUACUGGGUACUCUCAUCUCACCCCACUCUAAACCUCUUUGCGGCGGGACACGAUGCAGGCAUGAUUUUGUUCAAACUACAAAGAGAAAGACCAGCUUAUGCUUUACAUAAUAACAUGCUGUUUUAUAUUAAAGACAGGCAAUUGCGCAAAUUGGAUAUGUCGACCAACAGAGACGCUCCGGUCAUGCAAAUCAAGGGAGGCGGACGACAUCAACCUUACAGCAUGUCGCUGAACCACGCGGAGUGGUGCGUACUGGUGACGUGGCGUGCGGGCGACGCCAGCACGUACGAGCUGUACGCGGCGCCGCGCGAGGACGGCGCCGCGCCGCCCGCCGAGCCGCUGCGCGGGCACGCCGCCGCCGCGCAGUGGGUCGCGCGCAACCGCUUCGCCGUGCUCGAGAAGAACAAUCAGCUGGUGAUAAAGAACUUAAAGAAUGAAGUGUCUAAGAAGAUAUCGACGCCGACGUGCGAGGAGAUCAUGUACGCGGGCACCGGCAUGCUGCUGCUGCGCGAGCCCGACUGCGUGCAGCUGCUGGAUGUGCAGCAGAAGCGGACUGUGGCUAGUGUGAAAGUAUCAAAAUGCCGCUACGCCAUAUGGAAUUCGGAUAUGUCUCUUGUGGCGCUUCUAGGGAAGCACACGGUCACUAUUUGCACUAAGAAGUUGGAACAACUCUGUUCUAUCACUGAAGGAGCUCGGGUCAAGUCCGGGGCCUUUGAUGAUUCUACACCACAACCCGUCUUCAUUUACACAACAGCUAACCAUAUCAAAUAUUGCUGUAAGGAUGGCGACUACGGCAUAAUUCGUACGCUGGAUGUACCGGUGUACGCGGUGAAGGUGAUUGCGAGCGAGAGCGGCGCGCGCGUCGUAUGCCUCGACCGGGAGGCGCGCCCUAAGGUGCUCAACAUCGAUCCCACGGAGUACAGGUUCAAGUUGGCGCUGGUGACGCGCCAGUACGACCAGGUGCUGCACAUGGUGCGCACCGCCAAGCUCGUGGGGCAGAGUAUUAUUGCGUAUUUGCAAGAGAAGGGAUAUCCCGAAGUAGCGCUCCACUUCGUUAAAGACCCGCGCACGCGACUCUCCCUAGCUCUACAGUGUGGCAACAUUGAAGUGGCUCUCGAAGCAGCCAAGAGCCUGGACGAGCCGGCUGCCUGGGACCAGCUGGCGCAGGCUGCUCUGGCUACUGGCAAUCAUCAGAUAGUGGAAAUGUGUUACCAACGUACAAAGAACUUCGACAAGCUCUCGUUCUUGUACCUCAUCACCGGCAAUCUGGACAAACUGCGCAAGAUGAUGAAGAUAGCAGAGAUCAGGAAGGACGUGUCCUCACAGUUCCAGGGUGCUUUGCUCCUGGGCGAUGUGACCGAGAGGAUCAGGCUGUUGAAGAAUGCUGGACAGCUAUCCCUAGCAUAUCUAACAGCGAUAAACCAUAAACAAUUAGAAGAAGCCGAACAAUUAAAGGCAGCAUUAGAAGCAGCUAAUUUGCCCGUACCUGAAGCAAAUCCGAAUGCUGAGUUUUUAUGUCCACCGCUGCCCGUGCAGAAGGCUCAACCAAACUGGCCAUUAUUGGCCGUGUCUAAGAGUUUCUUCGAAGUGGCCGGCGGUGCUCGCUCGGAUGCUGAGGCGGGAGUGGCGGUGGCGGCGGCCGGCGCUGUGGGGGAUGAACCUCUGGAGGCUGGUGGUGCUUGGGGGGAUGAUGAAGAUGUGCUGCAGGAGAACAAGGAAGAGGGCGAUGGUGAAGUUAUGGAAGAUGCGUGUGAUGAUGGAGGCUGGGAUGUGGGAGAUGAAGACUUGGAGCUCCCUGAAGAACUUGCUCCUGUGCCUGCGGACAUAGACGGUGCAGAGGAGUCGGGCUACUUCGUGGCGCCGACGCGCGGCGUGAGCGCGGCGCUCGGCGCCAAGCUGCGCACCGCGCACGACCACGUCGCCACCGGGCAGUUCGAGAUCGCUAUGAGGCUGCUGAACGAGCAAGUGGGCAUAGUGGAGUUCGCGGCGUACGAGGAGACAUUCGCGCGCAUGUUCGCGCGCGCUCGGCUCGCGUUCGGCGCGCUGCCGCUGGCGCCUCCGCUGCCGGCGCACCUGCACCGCAACUGGAAGGAGGCGAGCGGCCGCGACCUGCUGCCGGUGCUCACAAUGAAACUAAACGACCUAGUGUCGAGCCUGCAGCAGUGCUACCAGCUGACCACAAGCGGCAAGUUCUCUGAAGCGAUAGACCGCCUACAGUACGUGGCGCGAGCGGUGCCCUUGCUCCAUGUGGACGCUAAGCAGGAGCUGGCCGAGGCCCAGCAGCUGCUGACCAUCUGCAGGGAGUACCUGGUGGGGCUGCAGAUGGAGACAGCCAGGAAAGCAAUGCCGAAAAACACACUCGAAGAGCAAAAACGUACUUGCGAAAUGGCGGCCUACUUCACCCACUGCAAGUUACAGCCAGUCCACCAGAUCCUGACCCUCAGAACAGCUCUCAAUAUGUUCUUCAAGCUGAAGAACUACAGAACAGCUGCAUCAUUCGCCAGGAGGCUUCUAGAACUUGGACCUAGACCAGAAGUGUCUCAACAAGCGAGGAAAAUACUCCAAGCCUGCGAAAAGACGCCCACGGAUGAACACCAGUUGCUAUAUGAUGAGCAUAAUCCAUUUAAUAUUUGUGGUAUUAGCUAUAAGCCAAUAUACAGAGGUAAGCCAGAAGAGAAGUGUUCUUUGUGUGGGGCAAGUUUCAUGCCGGAACACAAAGGGAAGCUAUGCCCAGUUUGUGGUGUAGCAGAAAUUGGUAAGGAUGUUCUAGGACUAAGAAUCUGUCCAUUACAAUUCCAGAGA